UGUCACCCUUGUCGUUCCCGGAUUUCCCCUCUUGACGUUUCAGGAAACAACAUGAAAAAGUUGUGAAAAACCUCUCUAAAUAUGUAUCUAAUGAUUCACGAUGAGGAAAGUAUUAAAGUGGUGAAAAACAUAUGUCUGAGGGAUGGCUACCUGCCGUCAGUGGACUCUUAUUCACCCGUUGGAGAAGAUGGCCUUCCUGAAAUUGAACCUGGUAUCUGGUUCAAAGCGGAAGUCUUCGCCGGAGUCCUUGUCGAUUGCACCCAACGUGUCUUGAAAUGGACAAUAGAGGAAGAGACGAUUUCACUCGACACAUCAUUUGUCACCAAAGACCGCUCAGACUCAGGGGUGGAUUUCAGCCUUUUCACGCGGCAUCUUUAUGAAGGAGAAUGCUACGAUUUUGAAACUGGUAUCGAUGAUUUGUUUGACACGGCAGCAAGCCUCUUGGAGAAUGAACGUGCACGUUCUUCCCGCGGGAAAAGGAAAACCUCUUUCAAUUCGAGCAAAUUGAUCAUCCGCAUUCUUCACUGUCAUAUUUUACCGGCGAUCAAACUCAAACCGACAGAUUUGUGGAAGGUUGAGGACAUUUACAAGCAGCAGGAAAAGGUCCUGCAGGGGUUGAAUGCAGAAUUGGAGAAGAAAGCCCAAGAUAUUGACAACACGAAACUCGGGAUUCAGUUGAAGCGAGAAAGUAUGGUGAACGAGCUGCAGAGUAUAAGCAUGGUUGAGGUAUAUCCGCGAGAUAUAUUACUGCUCCUGGAAACUCAAAUCCAAGGGGACAUUGAACGUAAGUCGCGUGAGCUGGAUCGAGCACAAGGAGAAGUAAACCAAUUAAAAGAAGAACCUAAGUCUGGUGAUCUACUUUUGAAGAAGCGCAAGGUGCGUGACUGCAUACAUGAAAAGCAGAUUCACUUGAUUACAGUGCGGGAAAAUGUUGUUCAAGUUCUCAAGACGAUGGGGAGAAGGAGUAAUAAUAAGGCGUCUGCUAUAAAAUGGCAACCGGCUUGUACCCGUGGCAGUGAGAUGAUGGAUGAAGAGAUAGUCUGCACAAGAGGAAACAAGGAUUUAGCAAGUCAGUACGUCAUGUAUAUGAAGGUUAAUGACUUGUUACAAGAGCAACGGAACAAGCGUUUCAUUGUAACGUCAAAGUUAGAGUUUAUCAUAAGCGUCAGGGAGACUAUAAACGAAGCAUUGCGGGACUUAAGAAGCGGGAAGGAAUCAGUGGGAUUUUCUCGUGAUCGUACAAAAAGAGGGCGCUCCACUGAUAUCCUGAGGCAUACGAAUAUUCCGGAGGAGUGGCUGACCUUGACUGAAAAGGUCGGUGACCUCUUGAUGGAAGGGGACAACCCAUUGCGGAAGCGACACCAAGAAUUCGUCUCUCAGAUCCGUGAUAAAUUCCUGGCGGCAAUCAACGUAGCCACGGUCAUGCUUGAUCGUGGUGUGGAGGAAACCAGUAGGCGGCGCCAGCGUCACAGAGCGAGGAGUUUAAUGCACAAAGAGUUUAAAACGAUUGUGACUAUCACUGGUGACGAUGACGAGGACAUUAAGUCACAGACUGCUACAAUACUUCGCAGUCGGGCGCAGUCAAGUAGAAGCUUCAAACGUCGAAUGGAUAGCCUUGUUGGGAUGCCCAUUGAAGAACCAAACAAAGAAGAUGAUGACAUACAGAAACAAAUCGGGACUGAGAUUUCUUUUCUGCAACAACAGAUUCAUGCACAUUUCGACUUCAUGAGCUCCGAGUUACAAAUAGCAAUCGAUCAGUUUUCUGAUACAGUGUACUAUAAAACGUGGUUGUGUUACGAGGGACAUUUCUAUCGUGAUACAAUGGACCGAAUCAUGGCUUUGUACAAAUUGAAUUACCGCCAGGUUUGCAAUAACCUGGAAAAGAAUGCAUCUCUUGUCACAACCGAGGAUCUUGGAAUAGAAGAUCGUUGGCUGAUGAACUUCUUUGUCCAGGAACCCCUUGAGAAAGAAAAUCUUGCUCAAAGGCAGAUGGAGGAGGAUGGAUUUAUCUGUUGGUCCAGUCCACCACUUGCUAAAGAUAAUGAAAGCACUGCUACUUGGGUUCAGAACAUUUCUCCUUUGAUCGGUUCAGCUAGUUCAAACCAAAGUCAAAUCACUGGGGUUGAAGUCGAGUUGAAAACUGUCACAAGGAAACCGGAGGAAUUGAUGGGGACAGUUCCAGAAGAGGAAGAUAUCCCUUCUGGAUUGAGUCCAGAUUUAGGAGGUUGUGUCGACACUGCUAAGGAUGGCCUUUCAGGCACUGAUGAAUCAAACACUGGUGCUAAUCUUAGUGGUGAAAUAACCGUUGAUCAUGCAAGUCUUGCAGAUGCAGAUAGUGUGGCAAUCACAAAGGAGUCGGUUGAUGAUGAAAGUUUUGGAGAACACAAGCAUGAAGCUGACCCAGGAUUCCUGAAUCCUGCGUAUCUUGAAACUGACAUUGAUGCAUUUGAAAUUGAAGGAGGGAAUAUGCAAAACAAAAAGAAUGUCAAUUCAGGCUUUGUGAAUCCGAUGUUCCUUGUAACCUUAGAUGAUAAAUUUGCAGUUGAUAACGUAGUCUCGUCAGAAUCCGCUACUGAUUCUCAACAUCCAGAAGGCGCUGUUGCAACAAGGUCUGGAUAUGAACUGUCUCGAAAUGAUCAAGAUUGUUCUACUGCUGUUUCCGGGAGAGAAGACACAGAUGAUAAAGACCCUGACCCUUCGAUGGACAUUGGAAAUCAGACAGAAGACGGUGACCGAGCAAGUAUGAGUGAGCAGAGUGGCACAAUAAAACCUUCCGUUCUUGAUAACGGUAGCUACAGCUCGGAGGAAUCUGUAGAUUUCCCUGGUGAUCCGCAACGCGCGGUGACAGAACUGGUCCAACGCAAACUCAAACCAAACCAGAGCAGAAAGUUCAUGGAGGUGUUUGCGCCAGCAAUAGCGUGUGUGGAAGCCAUCUUGAAAGAGUACAUCCCACUGAAUAAACUCCAAUUGAUGACGAAGUGUGUACGUACGGUUCAGAAAAUUGUGGCCCAGAUUCAGAGCGAAAUCAGCUCUGAUUCCCAAAAUGUGAUGUGCUGCGAUGAUUUUCUGACCAUCAUCCCAUUGAUUUUGCUCCACGCUGAUCACACCUCGAUGGCUGAGUUGUACCCGCAUAUCAUUUUGCUAAUGGAUUUAAUGGCACCAUUUCUCACAAAUGGUAUCCAUAGCAAUUCGCUGACACAUUUCUACGGGGCGUACCAGAUUUUGUUCUCUAUGAUGGUGGUGCAGACAAAACAUUAAGUAGGUAUUGGGAACAUUUCUACCCAGGAAAUAAACUUACAAGUGUUUGCAGAGUAUUUUGUUGGCAGAAACAAGAAAACUAUUUUAAAGAGGGGGAUGGUCGUUUGUGGGAUGCCAGUAUUGGCCUAAAUCGGGAUUUCCAGGGUACUACUGUACCAUCAUUUUAGCGGGAUUCAGGACAAGCAGAUGAUCACAUUGGGAUUGGGUUGAAAUUGCUUAUCAGGAAACGGGAUUGGGUAGUUUUUAUAAAGGGAAGUUUGGGACACAAACACCCUUCCCCCCACUGAAAUGCUACCGAUCAAAAGAUGUAUGGUGCUGUAUCUAACUUGCCUGUUACAGUUUCUUCCCAGUUGUACUUACAUUUACACCACUUACUUUCUUACUCAUUCACAGUUGGGCAGUUUAACCCUUUUAUAAAAAUUUGGUACAACAAUCAUGUGUUUGCAUCAUGAGCUGAUUUUCCAUAAUCUCUUUGUACAUAUUGUGUAUAUUCAAGUACGUAUUUCAAUGUAUACUUUGAUGGUGCUAAAAUGUAUGCUAUGUAAAGAUCUCACACUGUUUGUAAAGGUAAUAAUGUGGCUUUCGGGUAAUCUUACAAUUUAUGAUGCAAUAGCUACUUGUAGAAAACACUUUAGAGGUCUUGAUGCAAAACUUGUGAUAUGUUCAAUGUUAAGUAAUGGAAUUUGAAAGAAACUUAUAUUCUAAAAUGGUCUGUUUUUACUUUGGCUGUGAGUGGUGGAGAUUGCCCAAUUCACCUUCGUCACAGGCAUUGUAAGAUAGCUUUGAAAGUUAAUAACUGGGGCCACUCCCAAUUCACAGCAGCAGCUGAAGUGGAAUCAGGCCUCAAGACCUAAAAAAGUCCAUCCAGUCAUUCAGUUAGAUAAUUGGUGAACCCAGAAGUGUCAACCACUGCGCAUUGCUGUUUUUGGGCUUUCAGCAAACAUUAGAACAAUUGGUCAAUUGCAUAUGUACACCACCCACUGCAACUCUUGACCUAGUUCAAUGUCUACUAUUACUAUUGACUUUGGUCGAUCGCUAUCAUUUCUGCUGGUACUCCUAAUAUGUACGUGUAUUAUUCUUGAUUCGAAGUUGGCUGAAAUCAUGUUACAUUGCCGUAUGACAGUGUUUUUAUAACGUUACUACUGAGGUUAACUUUUUCUGUUGCACGGGAUAUCACAAACCAUUACAUGUAGCAGAAUGCUCAUGAAAUUUGACAUCCCAAAACGUGAAUGCAGUAAUUUUUCAUCAGAAUGAUGGGGAUGGCUAGUAGUAACACAGUUGUAUGUCCUAGCACCUCCUUUUGAAGAACACAGAGUCCCAUGGGAGUCAGGAAAUGGUAGCCUGAACUAUUUAUCCACGCACUUGUAUUCGAUGUUCAUGUACUUGUAUAGAUGUUGAUAACAUGAUUAGUCCACUUAAGUCUUAUUUCCUGUUAGCCUUCAUCAUUUGUACAAUUGAGAAAUUUUUUUUCUAUUUGUGAUAAUUAUUAUGCAUGUAUUUAUUUGACUUGACCUGCUUGGUAAUGAAAUAAUAUUAGUAAUUGGACAAACCAGUUAACUCUUUGAUGCCCGAGAUGACACUAUGUUUAUAUUUUUCAUUUUGUCUUAAGGAGUUGGAUAAAUGAGAGGAAAUUUCUUUUCCAAGUGCUUUUGGACAAACAGUCACCAACUGCUGAAAGUUAUGAUAUGCAAAUUUCAAGACGUUUUUGAUGUUUAUACUCUAUACAAUGGAUCACCCACCGAAAUGUUUAUGAAAUAUUUUAUUCAAUAUACUGUAAGGCCUGGAUUACAAACCAUGUGCAUGCGACCUAAAGAUGUGAUACAGCUUUCAGAACAAAAGAUUGCCUGCCUAUUUUUCAUAUCUGUCCUGGCUAAGCCAUUUCCUAUUCCUAAUGGAAAAUAUAUAUAAAGCUCGCUUAUAUAUUUUUGCUAAAUGAGUGUGUAUAAAUAUCGUGGUUCCUCAAAUAGAACAUUCCUUCCAGUCUUUGGAUUCAAAUUCAGUCAAAUCGAUAUCUUUUGAGAGACCACUGUAUAAUGUGACUAUGUGCUAAUUUACAUUCAACUAUCUCAUCUUGCAAUAAAUUAAA